AAGGUAUUAGCCACUCGAAUUUGUGAUAUUUGUGACUUUUCACAUUGUUAUUAUUUUACGUUGUACGAUUUUGAGAAUUUGACUUUUGGGUGAUGAUUUUAAUUUGGUAUUGUUUACCUGGGAUGUUAUAAGGACAGUAUAGGCGCACGUGUCCUCGAGCAUGAGCAGACAGACUCUAACACGAAUACACCAGCUCAAUGUGCGUAUCGUUGCAGUUUCUCCAGAUACAUGUAUUCUGGUGUGAAGAACAGUUACAAAUGCUUCUGUGGCAGUACGCUGAACACAAAGCAACAGGCGGAACCGGACUGUAUGAGCAAGUGCACUGGAGACUCCAAAUAUACAUGUGGCGAUCCGUGGAGCAUUAGCGUCUAUACCAAUUGGGCAUGUGGAUCACCGCCCGUAAUUGCACACGGAAAAACAACGUUAUAUAUGGGUCCCAAUAUAACAUACGGUUCAAUCGCUGAUGUUGAAUGUGACCCGGGUUUCAUUAGCAAACCCACAAUUACUUGCCUUUCCAAUAACUCAUGGGAAAACGUUACUUGCGAACUAUCCGGUUUUUCCUCUGAUGCUACAAGUCCAGGAGGUAGUACUCUUUCAAGUAUUCACGAAGAAAAUUCGAUCACCGAUAGUUUAACAACUGCUCAUUUCGGUGGUUCUACGACCAUGGGUAUCACCGCCAAGAAUCCUCUCACGAAAGAGUCAACGGAUAGUACGACCGUUCAUACUGUAGGUGUAGGUAUCGGUGAGGCAGGUGGCCUACUGUGCGCAGUGGGAGCAGUACUUGUCAUCAUUGUACUAAGGAGAAGAGAUGCAUUGUCGUGCAAAUACGGGACUAAAACUGACAACUCUGACAAGACUAAUGCUGGAUCGUUCGCGAUGGCAAGCAGAUCAUAUGACGAUACUAUUGACAGCCAUAACUAUUUUAUACAAGAUAAUCGCACGCUUUCGGUGGAAGACACGGUCGAUCAUUAUAACACAGCAGAUGAAAAAAAACAAAGGCAACGGUGAGACUGAUAAUUACAAUUCAAUAGAUAUCACUGAAGAACCAUAUGGCAACGGUAAUUAUGAUCACACAACCGUUACCUUAUCAUCAGAAGCCGUUACCAGGAAACCGGACAAUAUAUACAACAAACUCAAAAUAGACCGGCCCGGUGACUAUGACCAUCUAGGAAGACUCGAGCACAUCAUGUCACAAGCAGGCAACGACUACAAUACAUCUGCUAUUUCGCAGAGGAACGAAGUCGUCGGCGACUAUAAUCAUAUCACGAAUCCUGUAAGAACAACAGUUACACGAGGUGAAGGAACAAAGGAUCAUGAACAAGGGGAUUAUGAUGUUUUAAAUGGAAUUACGGUUAAACUUCCACCAGGCGAUGCCCAUGAUUAUGCGCACGCUAAAAUAUAGAAAGGAAUCAAGUGAAUAAAUUAUUGAGUAGUUAAUUUUAAACAUAAUCUGAAUGUUCUUAUUAUGUGACACAUACGCCGACACAUACGUAUAAGCGUAUUGGUGUUACAGUAAUUUGCAUUACAAACUUAAUUACAGUGAUACCUAUUUGAAGUCGUGAUAUUAUUUAGCUCCAUUUAUAAAACAAGUAACAACAGAGGCUUGAGUUGCACGACUUUUACGACAAAGAGGACUUUCGUUUAGAAUGUUUAACGUAUCGUUUCAACAUAUCCACCAAUAGAAACACAUUUGAACGUUGACAAACAUUUUUAUUGUAUAGACGUGCAUUCACGUGUACAAUAUCUUAUUCAUAAUUGAUAUUAAAAUUAAACCAUGAUACCAUAUGAAAGAAUCCAAACAUGUUGAUUGCAAUGUGAUUGUAGUGGUGCACGGUCCCAUGCAUUUUGUCAGUUAGCACUCAAACAUGAUUUAAUGUACAAAAUAUACAUAAAUAUUGUGUGGAUAACUAUGUUUGCAACGAUCUCGUCUUUUAUACUUUCCUAGUAAUAAUAGAAGAGAUUGAAUACAUACUGCUUAGUAAAUAUUGUAAUACAAAAACUCUACAAAUUGUUUACUGUGUUUAAACUAACGACAAACUGCAUGUUGACAUUACUUUCGGUUCUGAAUGAAUAUUGAACACAUUACUUAAAUGGAAAUAUGUUUAUGCAUAUCUGUAUUUAGGGCGCAGUUUUAAUAAAGAUGCAGUUGUCAAUAACAAUUUGCUCGAUACCGAAGACAUAAAUAUAUAAAGUUGAUAUGACAUAAACUUUCAAGAAUAUUGUUCAAAUGCCAUUACAUAAAGAGUACAUGUUUGAGCAUUUUCCUUGAAAGUUAAUAUUUUUAGAUAAAGGAGCAAACUAUUUUCAUCACAAAUAUGGUUCCACAAGAUUGUGUGCAUUUUAGUGCUGGCUAAAUCGAAAUUAACAAAAAUUUAAAUUUAAUUCCUUUUUGUAAUUAUGAUACUGACAGUAAAUGAAUCACAAGUGUCAAAUCAAGCUUUUAGAGUACUUAACAGCGGUUAAGUAGU